AUGAGCUACGAUCGCGCAAUUACUGUGUUUAGUCCCGAUGGACAUUUGUUCCAGGUUGAGUAUGCGCAAGAGGCCGUUCGCAAGGGUCUCUGUGCAGUUGGUGUGAAAGGGAAGGACAGCAUUAUCUUUGCUGUGGAGAAAAAAUCAGUGCAAAAACUGCAGGACAGCCGUACGACACGCAAAAUAUACAAACUUGACGAGCAUAUUUAUCUCGCUUCCGCAGGUCUCUCUGCCGACGCCCGUGUGGUUGUGAAUCACGCACAACUGGAAUGUCAACGCUUCCGCUUGAGCUACGAAGACGCCAUUGACGUUGACCUGCUCGUGCGGUACGUGGCAAGGGUACAGCAACGUUCUACGCAAUCAAGCGGCAGCAGACCGUACGGUGUUUCAACCAUCAUUGGUGGCUUUAAUGAAAAUGGGCAGCCGCAGUUGUGGAAGACGGAGCCGUCUGGAACGAGUUCAGCGUGGAAUGCAGCAGCAAUCGGCCGAAAUGACAAGGUUGUGCUCGAAUUUAUGGAAAAAAACUAUCAGGAUGGCAUGACGCGGGAUCGUUGCGUGCACUUUGCAAUUAAGGCGCUUCUUGAGGCUGUUGAAAGUGGGUCGAAAAACAUUGAACUCCUGGUGCUGGAGCGCGGUAAGGCGGCUUACAUGAGCGACACCGAAUUGCACAGGUUCGUCGUUGAGGUAGAAAAAGAGCGCGAGGAGGAGGCCGCAAGGAGAAGGCGCCUUGCCGAAGAGGAUUGA